AAUACUAACAUGUCAUGUGUGCAUCACUGUGAACAAAGUUUUAGAAUAUCAAGGAAGAAUAUUCUGUAUUGUACUAUUAUUGCAGUCUAUAUAAUGAAUUCUAGUUAAGGAAUAACUAAAUAUAUUAUGAAACAUGCAUUCCCACGUGCUCAUAAAUAAGAGCGAGGAUGAGAUGACUCCUGAAGAAAAAAUCAGGAUGAAUCACAUAAAAAUGCAUGACCGGCACAAAGGACACGAGGCUAUGCAUGCAGAAAUAAUAAUUAUCUCUUUAGCAACAUUAUUGGCAGCACAGAUUAUAUUAGUUCAAUGGAAGAAAUGGCAUUUCAGAUCGUACCAAUUUGUUACUUUAAUUUUUAUGUGGCUUAUUCCGUUUGGAAUAAGCUUACAAAAUCACUGGUGGAGGUUUACAUUUUUUUGGUUGGUGUUCUCUUGUAUAACAGGACUAGUUGUAAGAAAAGCUGUUCAAAAACCUAUUGUGGGUACAACGCCAAGGCUGGUAUACAAAUGGUUUCUAUUUAUUUAUACUCUCAGCUAUGUGUUAGGUAUAGUAAGUUACGUUAUAAUGUUAGCCACGUUUCUUGGUUUGAACAUAGUGUUUGACGUGAGGCCACAAGAGUGGAUGGACUGUGGGGUCCAUUUGAUAUUUUAUGGUCUCUAUUUCGGGGUGUUAGGAAGAGACAUCGCCGAAAUAAGUGCUGACAAGAUGGCUUCGCAUAUUGGGUAUUAUGUACCAGGCCAAAUGCCCACAAGGACUUUAGAGCCAAAUGUGUGUGCUGUGUGUGGGAAUAAGCUUUUAGUGUCGGAGAACGAACCCGGUGUUAUAGAGAAUACGUACAAGCUCAGUUGCGAGCACGUUUUUCAUGAGUUUUGCAUCAGAGGUUGGUGCAUCGUCGGGAAAAAGCAAACGUGUCCGUACUGCAAAGAGAAAGUAGACCUUAAGAAAAUGUUCUGCAAUCCAUGGGAACGUCCUCACGUUUUGUACGGUCAGUUGCUCGACUGCAUCAGGUGGCUAGUCGCUUGGCAACCGUUAUUCGUAACUCUCGUUCAAGGUAUCAAUCUGGGCCUAGGCCUUGAGUAAGUAAAGUUCUAUUCAGAGAAAUCCAAUUGUACUUAUGACAUUGUUGUGUUUCUGUAUAAGACAAAUGACUCAUGUAAACGACUGUACGUUUGUAUUCUUGUACAUAUAGUUGCUAUUAUAUGUAUCAUUUGUAACAACGAAUUGCGUUAAAGGCGUGUAAUUCCGCUACGUGUUGUGACUCGAACUUUAACACGUUGAGUGUCCUUGUCUCAUGAAUUCAACAUUGAUAUCCUUCACUAGCGCAAUUUUUGUUUUACAAUUUACUUCACUAGCUAAUUCAAAUGUUACAGAACGUCCCUUAGUGUUUAAGUUAUUCUGAUCACUUCUGCACAACUUAACAGUAUCCGGUCACUGGUGACUCCCAAGGCAUUCAACGCGUUGAAAUCGAUUGCAACAUUGCGAUGAAUGAAUGUUUCUUAUCGGGAUCAUGUGAAGUUCACGAGACGUGAAUUCACCUUAUUUAACGUCCACUAAUGAUUCUUCCAAAGAACACAUCUCCCCGAUCGUCUGUAGAAACAUUUUUCUAUUCGCUUGUUUAGUUGAAUCCAUGUGCAAGCAACUAUUGCUCGGAACGACAAUGUAACGACGAGUGUAACGUGUUGGAAUUUUAAACAUCCAUUUUAAAAGUCAUUUAGGAAAAUGAACGAUUAGUGUUCGUUAUCCGAAUGAGUCAAGAGCAUAAACGAUUACUAUAGAAUAGUUUCGACUUUGAAAACAAUAAAGAAAAAUAUUUAUUACCGUAAAGACAGUAUCAUUCGGAUAAUCGUUAUUAUAGAAUAUUUCCAUGUACUCUAUAUAUGGAAAUAUUUCGAGUGAAUGUACCAAGUUCUUUUACCAUUCCACUUCGUUACAAAAACUAGUCACGCUAAGUUCUCAGCUUCAUGAUUGAACGACGUUUUUAUAUUUCAUAAUUGUUAAUAAUAAUACAUUUUAAAGACAUAUGCGCUAAAGUCAUUAACUUCUACGGGAAUUACAAGCAUAGGGGAAUCGUCAAUCAAACAGUUACUGAAUCACAAUAAUUGAUUUUGACCAGAGUGUGCCCAGAGAAAUCUCGUUAGUCUAUCGAUAAAAAGAUUAAGAUUUUUCGGAAGAGUUAGGGUAUUCUCUCUCUCUCGCUUAGAAGAUUCUAGAUACAGUAUUUUUCGAACCCGAAGGGAUAAAUAUAGUAAUACGAAAUUGUAAUAUAUUCCUACACACAAGUAUUACUUCAGAUAUUUCGGAAUUUCGAUAUCAUUGAUAGUUCGCUUCUGUCGGUAUAGCAAUCCUGGUGCUACUUCGAUACAGUACAACAGAUUGAUUUCACGUGAAACGUGUCGCGUGACUACGUGCACAUGAAAGUUCAUAUAACGUUCCGAACACGGUUUUCUUUUACGUGCGACUGAACGAUCGACCGAGCAAUCUGUGCAUUCGAUUUGUUUUUACGAUAGCAAGUAAAUAAACUAAUUGCACGCGAUGCCGUCGGUCGUGCAACGUCAACAAUAUUUACGAAAACAAGUGUUCGGAUAUUGUGCUGUUGUUAAAUAAAAAUGUGCGCAUCAUACGCGAAUCAUGUACAAAACGAACUCGAGAGAUUUCUCGUGUUGUUUCAUGUGUACAGAACACGGUACGCGAACGCACUAUAAUUUCUAUCGUUUAUUCUGUCGACGAGACAAAUAUUUGCCCACCUUUAUAAAUAGCUAUAUCUAAUACGAUCCACCAAAUUGUAAGCAUCGACAACAGGAAAUGUUUCGUAAUAAAUAAUAUACAAAGAUUCCAA